UGGCCAAAAUCUAUUGCGCCUGCGCGGGGAAACUCGAGGUGACUGCACGGAAGUCAAGUACUCUCCUCGAUUUUCCAGGAUACCCUGUUCGGGUGCCUCCCCCCCCCCCCCCCCCNCACCCGCCCCAUUUAUAAGUAAUUAAUCACUCAACCGCAUAAUCAGUGAGUCCUAUCUCGUCAAAUUGACAACCAGAAUAGUGCGACAAGUGGGCCCUCGAUCUAGGUGCAACAGGAGUGUUCAUUUUCGUCCGAUUCAUACACUUUCACUACACUGCAUAGGGACUGCAAUGUCACGACAGUCUGAUGCGCGCCCACAACGGAUAUCGACAGCGCAGAACAAGACGCUGCACCUGACCGGGAUCGGGCUGGCUGUUCAGGCGUUCUACAUAAACCUUACCUUGGAUUCAGUGCUCGGGGGUGACUAUAUCGAGGUUCGCCCAGCAGGGCCUCCUCUCAUUAAUCCUCCUGGCGUAUGGGGAGUCAAUGGGGUGAAUAGCGGGAGCGUGGGCUACAAUCCGGUCAAUCCCGUCAGUGCCGGCUACACCACCAAUGCGGGCAACAUUGCUCUCAACGGACUCCGCGCUGCCCACUCCUACGGCGACGCAGGACACAGCCAACACGGAUACAGGGAUGCCAACGGCUACUGGCACGACAAUUCGGGAAUGAAGAAUGGCUACGACGUCGGACAUGCUUAUGGAGGUAACAAAGAUUACGGAGUAAGUUCAAUAGCAGGAGGAGCUUACGGCGAUGUGAAUGGACGGAACAAAGGCCAUCAGGUUGCAGGAUUCAGCACGUCCUAUUCAAAAAAUGAAUCUGGGAACAAGGCUACCUACUACGAUGACGGUCUCGGCCACGGUGGAAGUGUGCAAUACGGAGCUAAAGAUCAAAGGUUCCGCGACGGUGCCGGGAACACAUUUGGAGGUGGAUUCCAUGAUACGUCUCUAAAAACAAAUGCCGGUGGGAACAGAAAACAGUACGGAGGAGCUGGUGGCUAUGCAAACACAGGUCUUGCGCAAGGAGGCUAUGGACAGAACCAGCUUUACGGGGCGGGUUCUGCAGGUGUGGGGUACAGCCUGAGUCAUUUAAACCAAGGACCCAGUGUUACCACAGUGCCUCUUCUACCAUUCUCGUCGAAUAUUAUGCCAACAGUCGUUGCCCCUAGAAUAGCCCCAAAAAAUAAAGUAUCAGGGUUGUACUUGGUACCUAUCCCAAAUAAAUUAUACAGUGAUGGUGCAGGAUCAAGUACGGCACCCAAAUAGAGUCGGUGAAUAUAGUCACCUCUUCCUUGGCACAAAGGCAACCAUUCUCCAUGGUCGAUCAGUUUAUUCUUUUCUCUUGAAAAUAUCACAUUACACCCAGAUAUCGUUUGUUUCAGAGCAAAUGAUGAUCAUCAUAGAGACAGAAACCGAGAUAAUGUCGUAACGUUGGUUUGGACUAACAAGACAAGCAAUCACUGCGCACUGCUUGCCUUAAGAUUUUCUAAGAAUGAUGCAAAUGAAACACGCAUUAAAUUGGUCGGAGAAUCAUCGCGAUAAGAAUGUGGGCAACACUUCAACAGCUUACGGCAGAACGACAACUUGACAACGGGAGAAAAAUAAAAGAGGAAAUCAGCAGACCGCUAAAAGAGCGAAACAAGCCAGAGGAUCGAGCUUCCCUAUACAGCAUGAGCUCUAUUCCGACGAGAAAAGUGACCUAAAUUGGAGCUCUUGCACGUGUCCGAGAUUUGAAAUUCAACCCUAGUCCUCCCAAAGUUUUUUGUCUACAAAAAUUCCGAAGACUUGGGAGUUAUCAGAGUAGGUGUGAUACAUGUGAUUUAUUGCAUUAUUGCAUAUUGCAUCUAUUUUUUCGGUGAAUAAUAAUAGCGAUUCAGCCUAAAUGCUUUUAAAUAUUUAAACUACAUAAAAUUAAUCAUAUCUAUGUUGACAUAACAUGAACAUACCUACGUUUCGGCUAAAUUUUUAAACAUAUUAAAUUGUAUCUAAGGUAUGCCGACCACAUGUGGCUAUUUCGAACUCAACUGACAGGCAAAUUAAAUUGUUAUGGAAGUACAUGAAUAAAAAGACCUUUCUACA